GUAAAAUUUACAUUACAAGAAACCACAUAGGAACGUUAUUAUUUCUAGCCUUAUCAAUUUUAUCACUUGAGUGAUGAAUAAAACCGUUGUCACGAUUGAGAUACAAGCAGUCUCCGUUGGUAAACUAUAAGUAGCAUUAGAUAUGGGGCUCCGAAUACUGCUUCCACUACUAUUCAUAGGCUUUACCUAUGGAGACACAAACUACAGACUCAAUACGCCUAUAGUUCCAUCUAAUUACAGAAUAACUGUUAAUCCCACUUUUGAUACAAAUGACUCCCGAGCAUUUACAUUCGAUGGAGAAGUUGUAAUAACUUUUACAACCACAGCACCUAUUGACCAAAUCAAAUUUCAUUCACGAGAUCUAAACUAUACAAUUAAUGAUGUGGAGUUAACUCCAAGCAUCAAUUUUGCUGUAACAAAUCCAUUAGAAUUUAACACAACUUACGAUUUUGCUUUCAUCAAUCUACAAAGUGAAUUAGCGGUAGGUGUCGCUUACACUUUGAGAAUUGUGUACACUGGGCCUAUAAGAACAGAUUUGAACGGAUUCUACAGAAAUUUCUACGUAGAAGGAGGUGUGAAAAAAUGGCUUGGGGCCACCCAAAUGGAGCCGACGCACGCUAGGAAGGUGUUCCCGUGUUUCGAUGAGCCCGGCUUGAAGGCAACAUUCGACUUGACUAUAACCCGACCAGUAAACUUCAAGCCAUCCCUGUCAAAUAUGAAAAUUAUGACAACUGAGAACAUCGUUUCCAACUCCGUCCCAAUGGUGAGAGAAACAUUCUACACCACUCCGAUUAUGCCCACCUACCUCGUUGCUUUUGUUAUCUCAGAAUUCGACGUUAGAAGUACUAACGACAGCAACUUUGGCAUAUAUUCAAGACCUGAAGCCUUGAAUCAAACUGUCUUUGCUUUCGAAUUCGGAGAGAGAGUCGUACGUGAACUUGGUAAUUACUUCGGCAUAGAUUACUAUUCGUCAAAUGAACAUCUCAAGUUGGAUCACGUGGCGUUGCCCGAUUUUAGGGCCGGCGCUAUGGAGAAUUGGGGACUGGUUACUUACAGGGAAGCCUUACUCCUCUACGUGCCCGAGGAAUCUAUGCCCUAUUACAAAUACAGAGUGGCCCAGAUCUUAGCCCACGAGACCACCCAUAUGUGGUUUGGGAACCUCGUCACCUGUCAUUGGUGGAGCGACACGUGGCUCAAUGAGGGCUUCGCCAAUUACUUCCAGGAUUACAUCACUGCUAUGAUUGAACCCGAACUCGGCUCCGACGACAUCCUAGUCACAGGUUCAGUAUACGCUGCUUACGACGCCGACAACUCACCCACUUCACCUCCAAUUUCCAAUGAUGACGUCAACUCUCCUGCAGAGAUCAGUGAUCAUUUUGGAACAAUAACUUACCAAAAAGCCGGCUCCGUCAUAAGAAUGAUCCAUCAUUUGGUCGGUGAUCAAGCGUUCAAGUUCGGAUUGAACUCCUAUUUGAGUGCAUCAAGAUUCGGCUCUGGCUACCCCGACCAGCUUUACGAAGGACUCAACGCUGGAGUGCUGAGCACUAAUGCCAUGUCUUCCUACCCUGGACUCACCAUCAAGGAUGUCAUGAGCUCUUGGAUAACGCAGGCUGGACAUCCCAUUCUCACUGUCAAUGUAGACUAUGAAAGCGCAACAGCAUCUCUAACACAGAAUCGCUUCUAUAUAAACUCGUCUCGUUCAUCUGAGGAAGUAUACAGAAUUCCAAUUACUUACACAACGAAAGCGUCACCAAACUUUUCAGGCACUAAGCCAGUGCUCAUUAUGGAUAAUAAAACACAAAAUAUAUCAUUAAACGGUUCUUUGAAUGAAGACUCCUGGGUUAUAUUCAAUAUUCAGGAAACAGGUUUUUAUAGAGUUAAUUACGAUGACAUUACGUGGGGGAAAAUUGCUCAAGCUUUAAAAGGAGAAGAUAGAAAUAUUAUUCAUCAUUUAAACAGAGCUAAGAUCGUUAAUGACUUAUUUGCAUUCUUCUACGCUGACGUAGUAGAUUUUGGAAGGGUUAAUGAAGUAUUGGAAUUUCUCAAAAACGAGGAAGAUUAUUCAGUUUGGUAUGCGGCUGUUCGUGGGCUGAACAAGUUGAGGAACAGUUACUUGGAGACUGAUGAAGUGAAGUAUAUUGAAGAAUAUGCCCUCAGUCUGAUGGAGAACAUUAUCAAUCAAUUGGGGUACACGCCUCAGUCGGAUGAUAGUUUUGAAACCCUCAGGAACAGGCUUCAAAUUCUGGAAUACGCCUGUAAGGUUGGACAUCAAGGUUGCAUAGAUCAUGUCGUGGAAAUGUUCAGAGGAUUUAAACAGAAUGGCACUUCUGUACCGGUUAGCCUCAGAUCACUAGUUUACUGCAACGGUCUCCGUUACGGUGACGGGUCAGACUAUGACUUCAUGUGGGACAGAAUGCUGACAGUAAACGUGGCUAACGAGGCUAGAACAAUCCUUGAAGUGCUGGGAUGCACUUCUGAUGAAGACAAAAUGAAAGAAUACCUCGACUCAGUUCUACAAGAAGAUAGUCCGAUCAAAACCCAAGACCAGAUAUCCCCUCUCGUGAGUAUUCUGUCUAACAGCAGUCAUGCGGACGUGGUGCUAGAAAACUUAGACUGUUCCCGAUGGAGUAGUGUAUAUCCAUCCAUGGAGACAGUCCUCACGACGAUCGCCUCUUCAUUACACUCUGAAGAAGAUAUUGCUAAGUUCUCAGCCAUCCUGGACAGCAACCAAUGUGAGGCAUCAGCCGUGAACAGGGCCAGAGCCGUCCUCUCCCAGGUCAUAGCGGCAGCAUCCUGGGCAGAAGACCAUAAGGCAGACGUCCUGGAUAGUGUCAGGAAUCGCGCCCAAUUCCUUGUACCGUCCUUUACAAUGCUAACUGUUGUGGUUGGAGCUUUUGUAUUAGCUUAUUAAAGGGCCAAGUGUAAGGUGCUUUUACACGAUUCAACUUGCCAAGCAAAGUCGAAGGCAAACGUUAGACCUCUCUGUAAUAUAAAAAAUCUUUUAUUUUUACACAAAUACGUAUAAAGCAAUUUGUUAACUUUUAUUAGAGAUCUUAUAAGGAUCAUUUAUUUUUAAGUGUACAAUAAGUAGGUACUUAAGUUUAUUAAUAGCUUCAUCAUUGAAACAGUAAAUUGUCAUUGUCAGAAGCUGAUCUAAACUAAUUUAAAGAAGUUGCUAUUAAAAUUUUAAAUUUAAUCAUUUUGCUUAAAAAAAGUAUGCUCUGUUUGGUUGUGACAAAUUUAAAAAAAUUUUUUAAAUUUAAUACGUUAAAAUAAAUUUUUGAGUUUAUUAGUUACAAACAUACACAAAUCUUUUCUAUUUAUUAUAAGUGUGCUUUAGUUGAUCUAUUUCGUAAAUUUUAUUUAGAGACCAGUCUAGAAUGAUAUUAUUUCUAUAUACUGAUUUUUCAGAACUUCAAAAAUGACGGCAUACUGUUAUUAGUAACCAGUUCAUUUUCUAAUAAAGCACAAAGAUUUAUCCUCCAUUUUUGAAGUCGUCUGAAAAAUUAUGGACAUUUUUUUGUUAAUAUGUACAUUUAACUUAAAUAUUUCGUAUGCCUUGUUUUUUUAGUAAAUAAGUAUAAGAGCUAUUAUACAAUAAUAUGUUUACACAGUAAGUAAUAUAUAUAUGCAAAGUAUUUAUUUUUAUAUUUCGAUAUAAGAAGAGAUUUGGCUCCACUUUAAAACUUAUUUAGACACUCGCAUUAAGAAUUAUUUACAAAAAAUAAUUAUAUAAAGUGCGAAAUCAGCGAUAAUUAUUAUGAUUACAAAAUUUGUUGUGUUAAGGUCAAACUAAUUGGAAUAUAAUUAUAUUAUAAGUAAAUGUACAUAAUACUUAUUUGAUGAUGCCCAAUUGGGUUUUUUAGUGGAGAGGUUAAGUAUAUGCCAAAUGAAAUUGGCUAAGUUAGCCUUUUUUAACCUUUAACUUUAAUAUUUUCACUUAAAUAAUAAGAAAAUGUUAAGCAGACCCUAGAUAUACAUUUUCAAUGCAUUCAGGAACUUUUAAUUCACAAAAUCGUUUCAAAAUUGUUGUCCGUCCGCGUGACGCCAUUCUUAAAAGGAUUUUACAAAAAAACACUAAUAAAUUCAAGAAAAAAGAAGGGGUUCUAAACGAAAAAACAUCUAAAUUAAUAGUUUGUAAGUCGAUGAGUGGUAACAACAAUAUAACGCAAUGACCUGCUAAAUAGUUGACAUCACACUAUUAAAUCUGAAAGAAAUAAAAAUGAAAACCUUCUUAAAUCGCUAAAUAAGAUGCAAAGGCUUGUUUUUAUACAAGUUUUACUUUUAAAGCAAAAUAGAAAAUACGUUGGUUAGAAAAAAACAUUACAAAAAAAAAAUUACAAUUCUAUUAGGCAAUGGUACAGGCAACCUAGUAAAGGUUUCAAUUUUUAGUUAAGUAUGUUGUAUUAUUACUCUUUGUAUUAUUCAGUUACGUGUAAUUAAGGUUUUCACAAUAAAGUUUGUUAAUAAAAAGUA